UUGUUUUGUGGAAAUUAUUCAUCAAAACAUGACCGGAUUGAACCAGGUCGGAACGACGGUGUCAUUGUUAUGCAAUUGAUGUUUCGUUAAGGUUACGUUGUUUCGUAAGUGGUAUCGGGUAUCUUCGAAGCAGGCUAUCCUCGGUAACGUCAUUAAAGUUUCUGAUGUUUUGUUUUGUUGUAAUUGUAAAAAUGACGUAAGAGUGACGUGUGCACAAACAACACCGUGUUUGAUAUCUCUAAUAAAUAUUUGCAAAGUUGUUUUGGUGAAAUAUGCCUCCUCAACCUGAGGAGAUCAGAAAGCGAUCUGCGGCCGAUUAUGUAUUUGGAAAGCUCAUUGGUGAAGGAAGUUUUAGUUCAGUUUACUUAGCAAAGGAUAUACAUAAUUCGAAAGAAUAUGCAAUUAAAGUCUGCGAAAAGCGGCACAUACUCAGAGAAAAGAAGAGGGAAUAUGUCCUUAGGGAGAAAGAAGUAUUUAGAAUUAUAGGUAGUAGUUCCCCCUAUUUCGUACACUUAUCACAAACAUUUCAAGAUGAGGAAAGAUUGUAUUUUGUCUUAACUUACGCCAGGAACGGCGAACUCCUCACACAAAUCACUAAAUAUGGGUGCUUUAAUAUGGAAUGUACAAAAUAUUAUACUGCCGAACUGAUUUUAGCUUUGGAAUUCUUGCAUUCCAAAGGCAUAAUACAUAGGGAUUUGAAACCAGAAAAUAUUUUAUUAGAUGAUAAUUGGCAUUUACGCAUCACUGAUUUUGGCAGUGCCAAAAUUCUUAGUCAGGAAGAUAAAGUUCAAGACUCUGUCAAUACAAAUCGCAGGCGAAGUUUCGUUGGGACUGCUCAGUUUGUCAGUCCUGAGGUACUCUCAAACAACCCCACUACAUAUGCUUCAGAUCUUUGGGCACUUGGAUGUAUUAUUUAUCAAAUGGUUGCUGGUGAAAUGCCUUUUAGGGGACCUACUGAAUACCUGAUCUUCAAGAACAUCCUGAGCUUGAAGUAUGAAUUCCCAAACGCCUUCAAUGAGACUGCGAAGGACUUGGUGAACAAAUUAUUAAUAGUGGAACCGUCAGAGAGACUGGGAGCAAAUGACGAAAACCGGUAUCAAAGUAUACGGGCGCAUAGUUUAUUUAGCGAUGUCAAUUGGGAUAAUUUGGGCCCACCGCCGACCAUAUCUGAUGAUAAUGAAUCUGCUGAGCACAUUAUUCCUGAUAAUUUGGAGCCUGGAUUGGAUGCUGGAAAAGUGUCUAAACUUCACUUGGAUGUACUGGAGUCUCAACCAGUUGUACGUAAAAAAUCUGAAUCGGGGAGCAAAUUGGCCGAUUUGACACCGGAAAUAAUCAGUCAGCGAUUGGAAGCUCAAAAGGACAACAUUUAUAACGAAUUCGUUGAUGGAAAUCUGAUUAUAAAGCAAGGGUUGGUUGAUAAGAAAAAGGGUCUGUUUUUGCGGAGAAGGAUGUUUCUUCUGACAUUGGGACCGCAUCUUUACUAUGUAGAUCCAUUGACUAUGACUCUAAAGGGAGAGAUACCGUGGAGUCAGGAUAUGUCGACGGAAGCGAAAAAUUUCAAAAUAUUUUACGUCCACACACCAAAUCGAAGGUAUAAUUUGGAAGACCCUGAAGGAUAUGCGUUAGAGUGGUGCAAGGCAAUAGACGAAAUGAAGGCCUACUACUUCCCACAAAACCCUCAAUAGCCACCCAAACAAUUUAUUUAUAAAAUUAAAAUUUUUGGCAUCUUAUUGUUUCCUAUAUUUAUUUAUAUCUAUUUUAAAUUAUUUAUGUAUUAGGUAAUUAUAAUAUUCUAUAUAUAGUGAUUGAUCACAAAUCUAAAUUUUUGUCUUGUGUUAGUAUUUAUUUAUUAAUAAAUAUAAAAACAUUUUUUGCUAUUAUGUUGAAUAAAAGUAGUUAUAUUUUA